CUCCAACUGGGCCAUGGCAGCUCGUGGAUCUGUGGUUCGUGCCGCUUUACUCGACCGGCCUGCCGUAUCGUCUCCACCAUGUGCAUGCUCGGCCGUCUCGCCCUUUCUGACCAGCACCCUGAAUCUCUCGAUGUUCGUCAAUACACUGGAUUAUCGCGGAUCCUUUCAAUCUCGGGGUCGGCGAUCCGCUGCAUCGCUGAUAGCGGUCCCUUGGGUCGCAUGAGGCGGCUUGCUCCCUAGUAUUGAUGCCUUCCGGCACACACAUCCUCGUCGAUUGUCCUCUCGGCCAUCCGCAAGCCCUGACCACGCAUUACAAGCUACCUCGUUCCACGCCGUCCUAUGCCGCCUCGGCGUCUCGGUUUCGCUUCGUCCUCCCCAAUCUCGACUCGGUUGAUCCAGCGACCAUCGAUGCCGUCCUGCUGACCAACUCCUCAAGCUGGCUUGGGCUCCCGUACCUCACCGAGCGGACAACGUUCCGUGGAGAGAUCUUGGCCUCCGAGGCAGCCGCACAGCUUGGAAGCAUCGUCUUGGAAGAGCUGGUUGCAAGCUUUGGCGACGAUGUUGGGUACAUCCAGAUCGGAUACGAGCUUCAGCCCAUGUUUUCGCUGCACGAGCUGCGCUCAUGCAUGGCCAAGAUCCAACGGGUCUCCCACAACCAAAUUCUGCGCCUGGGAUCCGACUUGAUGGCAGUUCCCGUCAGCUCUGGAUUCAACCUGGGCAGCACCAACUGGAUUCUUGACACCUCCGCAACCAAGAUCGGCAUUGUCGGUGUCUCGUCGGUCAGCCAGCCUCAGCACUCGUCAAGAAUCAACACCGAGGCACUCAACGACUGCAGCAUCUGGAUUUUCCACGGCUCUAUCGCUGCCGACCACUCUGUCUCCCCGAUUGCGUCAAUCAACAGCCUGUGCGAGCGUAUAGCGAUGGCCGUCGAUCGUGGCGGCAACGUGAUUCUGCCGAUCGGCCCGUGUGGGUAUCUCUAUGACUUGCUGGACAUCAUCUCGAAGCACCUCCGGGCCCUUGGGAUGUCGCAGUUUCCGAUGCAUUAUGUCUCGCCUGUGGCCAAGCGCUCACUCCACAUGGCCAAUAUCCUGGGUGAGUGGGCAUCGACCGAGUCGCAGGAAAACCUCUAUAGCGCCUCGACGCCCCUUACCCACGGCGAACUGCUCGAGCACAAGCGGCUGUACUUGCAUCCGACCCCCGCAUCGAUCCUGCGAAUGAAGGGGCCCUAUAUCAUAUUCACCGACCAUGCGUCGUUGCUGUCCGGGUCGGUUCGAGGGCUGGUGGCGGCUUACCGACAAGACCCCAACUCGGUGCUGAUCUUGACCGAUCCGAGCUUCACGGACCAGUCACGACUGACCUCGUUCAUGCCGCUGAAGAUGAAGAUACAGUCGCUGCCGAUCGACACGUCGCUGACGCUACAGCAGAUUGCAGCUCUGCUCGAUUCACAAACAAGCCCCAAGAUUGCCUUGUUUCCGUCCUUGCCACAUCUGUAUCCGAUACUGGCCAAGAGCCUUGCUCCGUCGGCUGGUCGGGUUCGGUGCCUCUUCAGCCAAACUCUUGGCGAACUCAUGGAGUUUCCUCUGGGUGCACAAAAGUAUAAGGCGCUCCUGUCGGAGGAGUCAGCAUCUGAAAUCACGCCUAGGCUGGCGAACUCGUGGCAGCACAGCCUCUCGACAGUCCGGGGCCACUUCCGGCUUGGCCCGAACGAGACGAUGAUUGUCAGCCUCGAUCCACCAGCAUCCAGCAGCAGCAGCAGCAGCGGCGGUGGUGGUAGUGGUGCUGGUGCUGGUGGUGGUGGUGCCGCUCACAGCGACAUCUUGCUGGACCACCCAAUCCUGGUGGCCAAUUCGGCGGGCAUCGAGCGCUUUGUUGCCGCCUGCGAGCAGUGCCUCCAGCACGGCAGCGAGUCGUCGAGCGUGCAUGUCGUUCGCGAUGGCUCCACGACGACGCUGAUUGAAACCCACCACCAUGUCCGUGUGGCCAUCGACGGACAGGGUCUGAGUGUGGCAAUCACGGCCGAGGAUCUCGAGUGGAUCCAAAAGAUCCGCCGGCUGAUACCUGAGUGCUUUGGGACGUUGUAGGCAUCUGGGUGUACGCAUGGGCGCACAGAUAGAUGCAUGGAUGGUGGCGAGGAUUGCUACGUGACCAAUCCGUCGAAUAUAGGCAAUCCAAUAAAAAACGGGACACCCGGGUUUUUGACCAUUCAUCGAA